UUCUCGUUUCGAGCCCUAUAUAUGUUGAUCCCCCUCACUUCUUCAGUCCUCAUUCAUAAUUCAAAAACUCUCUCACUGUUCUUUAGACACAUUUAUACUUUCUUUCCGGAGUCACGAUGCUUGCGACGCUCAAAUCCGAAGAAUCCAGCGGCCAGUUACAGCUCGUCGAACGAGAAGACAUCGAAGACGAUGAAGACCUCUUCGAAGCUAUCGACAAAUUGAUUGCUCAAGGCAUCAAUGCCGGAGAUGUGAAGAAGCUUCAGGACGCAGGGAUAUAUACCUGCAAUGGCUUGAUGAUGCACACAAAGAAGAACUUGACUGGAAUCAAAGGUCUAUCCGAGGCCAAGGUCGAUAAGAUCUGCGAGGCUGCUGAGAAGAUUGUGAAUUUUGGAUAUAUUACCGGAAGCGACGCAUUGCUCAAAAGGAAGUCAGUGAUCCGAAUCACUACUGGAAGCCAAGCGCUUGAUGAAUUGCUAGGAGGUGGGAUCGAGACAUUAGCCAUUACAGAAGCGUUUGGAGAAUUCCGAUCGGGGAAAACACAGCUUGCUCAUACUCUCUGUGUUUCCACUCAGCUGCCAACUAAUAUGAGGGGAGGCAACGGAAAAGUUGCUUACAUUGACACAGAAGGAACUUUCCGACCUGACCGAAUUGUUCCCAUAGCUGAGAGAUUUGGCAUGGAUCCUGGGGCUGUACUGGACAAUAUUAUAUAUGCUCGUGCCUACACUUACGAGCAUCAGUACAAUCUCCUGCUUGGGUUGGCUGCUAAAAUGUCCGAGGAGCCAUUCAGACUUCUGAUUGUGGAUUCGGUGAUUGCUCUGUUUCGGGUAGACUUUUCUGGAAGAGGAGAGCUUGCAGAGCGUCAGCAAAGACUGGCACAGAUGCUUUCUCGAUUAAUAAAGAUAGCUGAGGAGUUCAAUGUUGCAGUUUAUAUGACAAAUCAAGUCAUAGCUGAUCCAGGAGGCGGGGUGUUCGUAACUGAUCCAAAGAAACCAGCAGGAGGGCAUGUGCUAGCCCAUGCAGCCACAGUAAGGUUGAUGUUCAGGAAAGGAAAAGGGGAACAGCGGAUUUGCAAAGUGUUUGACGCCCCCAACCUGCCAGAGGCUGAAGCAAUAUCCUUUUUUUUGCUCCUUUAAAAAUAAUCUACUCGUCCAGUAAUCACAAAAUUAAUCAAAUCCACCCCAAAUAGUUAUGAAACUAUGAUUGUUAAAAACAAAGGGACCUUUAUCGUAAUUCUAAAUAACC